CCGCAACUCAGUUUCCCUGUCUCUGCCCGGCGAGCCCUACUGUCAGAGUGCACUGCCCCUUUAACUAGAGUGACCCGGGUGGCUCCUUCCCGGGACAGCGCGUGCCCGCUCGCCCGUCCGCGCGCGCGCCCGUCCGUCCGUCCCCCGCCCCUCGCUCCCGCCCCAGCUCGCGCUGCCCGGGCGGGCGCCGGCCGCUGGCGCCGCUUCUGCUGCCGCCCCCGGGGCGCGAUCCGCCGCCCGCCGCCCGGGGACCCGGCGAGGGGCGGGGGCAGCCCCGAACUGGCCCCCGGUCUCUCCCUCGCCGGUCUUAGGCAUCCCAGAAAGUUUGUCCCUUUGCUCUCCGCCGGGGAGUCCUGCCGCGACGAGCCCUGCUGGUGUGGCCAGGCCCCAAGUGUAGGAUGGGGCUCCCCAUACGCGGGCCGGUGGCAGCCAGAACUGAUACAGCCCCGCUGAUCUGGGGCCAGGACACCAGCUGAGGAGGGCAGGAGAUCCUGGAAGCUAUGGCUGGAGCCUCCGUGAAAGUUGCAGUGAGGGUUCGGCCCUUUAAUGCCCGUGAGACCAGCCAGGAUGCCAAGUGUGUGGUCAGCAUGCAGGGCAACACCACCUCCAUCAUUAAUCCCAAACAGAGCAAGGAUGCCCCCAAAAGCUUCACCUUCGACUAUUCUUACUGGUCGCAUACUUCGGUGGAGGAUCCGCAGUUUGCAUCUCAGCAGCAGGUGUACCGAGACAUAGGAGAAGAGAUGCUACUCCAUGCCUUUGAAGGCUACAAUGUGUGCAUCUUUGCCUACGGGCAGACGGGGGCUGGGAAGUCCUACACCAUGAUGGGGCGGCAGGAGCCGGGGCAGCAGGGCAUUGUGCCUCAGCUCUGUGAGGACCUCUUCUCUCGAGUCAAUGUGAACCAGAGUGCCCAGCUUUCCUAUUCAGUAGAGGUGAGCUAUAUGGAAAUCUAUUGCGAGCGAGUACGAGACCUCUUGAACCCCAAGAGUCGGGGCUCUCUGCGGGUCCGGGAGCACCCCAUCCUAGGCCCGUACGUGCAAGACCUGUCUAAACUGGCUGUGACUUCCUAUGCAGACAUUGCCGACCUCAUGGACUGUGGAAAUAAGGCAAGAACCGUGGCUGCCACCAACAUGAACGAGACCAGCAGCCGCUCCCAUGCCGUCUUUACUAUUGUCUUUACCCAGCGAUCCCAUGACCAGCUUACUGGCCUGGAUUCAGAAAAGGUCAGUAAGAUCAGCUUGGUGGACCUCGCCGGGAGUGAGCGGGCUGACUCCUCAGGGGCCCGGGGGAUGCGUCUAAAGGAAGGCGCCAACAUCAAUAAGUCCCUGACUACGCUUGGGAAGGUGAUCUCAGCCCUGGCAGAUUUGCAAUCAAAGAAGCGGAAGUCGGAUUUCAUCCCCUAUAGAGACUCAGUGCUUACCUGGCUGCUCAAGGAGAAUUUGGGUGGGAACUCUCGCACAGCAAUGAUUGCAGCCCUGAGUCCUGCUGACAUCAAUUACGAGGAGACACUCAGCACUCUCAGGUAUGCAGACCGCACCAAGCAGAUCCGAUGCAAUGCUGUCAUCAACGAGGACCCCAAUGCCCGGCUUAUCCGGGAGCUGCAGGAGGAGGUGGCCCGGCUGCGGGACCUGCUGAUGGCUCAGGGGCUGUCAGCCUCUGCUCUAGGAGGUCUAAAGGUGGAAGAGGGGAGUCCUGGAGGUGUUCUGCCCCCUGCAUCAUCUCCCCCCGCCCCAGCUUCACCCUCAUCUCCUCCCCCACAUAAUGGGGAGCUGGAGCCCUCAUUCUCACCCAGUGCCGAGCCCCAGAUUGGGCCUGAGGAGGCCAUGGAGAGGCUGCAGGAAACAGAGAAGAUCAUAGCUGAGCUGAAUGAGACUUGGGAGGAGAAGCUUCGGAAGACAGAGGCUCUGAGAAUGGAGAGAGAAGCAUUGCUGGCUGAGAUGGGCGUGGCUGUCCGGGAGGAUGGCGGUACUGUGGGUGUCUUCUCUCCAAAAAAGACUCCCCACCUGGUAAAUCUGAAUGAGGACCCCUUGAUGUCUGAAUGUCUUCUCUACCACAUCAAAGAUGGCGUCACCAGGGUUGGCCAAGUAGAUGUGGACAUCAAGUUGACUGGCCAGUUCAUCCGGGAGCAGCAUUGCCUCUUCCGCAGCAUCCCUCAGCCUGAUGGAGAAGUGAUGGUUACUCUGGAGCCUUGUGAAGGAGCUGAGACAUAUGUCAAUGGGAAGCUCGUGACGGAGCCGCUGGUGCUGAAGUCAGGAAACAGGAUUGUAAUGGGCAAGAACCAUGUUUUCCGCUUCAAUCACCCGGAGCAGGCGCGGCUGGAACGAGAACGUGGGGUCCCCCCGCCCCCAGGACCUCCCUCGGAGCCUGUGGACUGGAACUUUGCUCAGAAGGAGCUGCUGGAGCAGCAAGGCAUAGACAUCAAGCUGGAGAUGGAGAAGAGGCUGCAGGACUUGGAGAAUCAGUACCGGAAAGAGAAGGAAGAGGCUGACCUUCUGCUGGAGCAGCAGCGGCUGGUGAGGGACACGUGGGGGCCAACAGAGCCUGGGCAGUAUGCAGACUCUGACAGCGGGGAAGACUCUGACAAGCGUUCUUGUGAAGAAAGCUGGCGGCUGAUUUCCUCCUUGCGGGAGCAGCUGCCCCCUACCACAGUACAGAACAUUGUCAAGCGCUGUGGCCUGCCUAGUAGUGGCAAGCGCAGGGCCCCUCGAAGAGUCUAUCAGAUCCCUCAGCGACGGCGGCUCCAGGGCAAAGACCCCCGAUGGGCCACCAUGGCUGACCUGAAGAUGCAGGCAGUAAAGGAGAUAUGCUAUGAGGUGGCCCUAGCCGACUUCCGCCACGGACGAGCAGAAAUUGAAGCCCUGGCUGCUCUCAAGAUGAGGGAGCUGUGCCGAACCUACGGCAAGCCAGAGGGUCCUGGAGAUGCCUGGAGAGCCGUGGCCAGGGAUGUCUGGGAUACUGUGGGUGAAGAAGAAGGAUGUGGAGGUGGCGGAGGUGGCAGUGAGGAGGGAGCCCGUGGGGCAGAGGUGGAGGACCUCCGGGCUCACAUCGACAAGCUGACAGGGAUCCUGCAGGAGGUGAAGCUCCAGAACAGCAGCAAGGACCGCGAGCUGCAGGCCCUGCGGGACCGCAUGCUCCGCAUGGAGAGGGUCAUCCCGCUGACUCAGGAUCUUGAGGAUGAUAAUGACGAGUCUGGUUUGGUCACCUGGGCCCCACCGGAAGGGCCAGAAGCAGUAGAGGAGACAGUGCCCAACGACCACUCACCAGCUGUCCGGCCCACCUCACCACCUCUGUCCAGCUGGGAGCGGGUGUCGAGAUUGAUGGAAGAGGACCCUGCCUUCCGUCGCGGCCGCCUUCGCUGGCUCAAGCAGGAGCAGCUGCGGCUGCAGGGACUGCAGGGCGCUGGGGGCCGGGGUGGGGGACUGCGCAGGCCUCCAGCCCGCUUUGUGCCCCCGCAUGAUUGCAAGCUGCGCUUCCCCUUCAAAAGCAACCCUCAGCACAGGGAGUCCUGGCCAGGAAUGGGGAGUGGAGAGGCCCCAGCUCCUCAGCCCCCUGAAGAGGUCACUGUCCCCCCAGCACCCCCUAACCGUAGGCCUCCAAGUCCCCGAAGACCCCACCGUUCUCGCAGGAAUUCCCUAGAUGGAGGGAGCCGAUCUCGGGGAGGGGGUUCUACACAGCCAGAACCCCAGCACUUACGGCCCCAAAAGCACAACGGUUAUCCCCAACAGCCCCAGCCCAGCCCAGCCCAGCGGCCAGGGCCCCGCUACCCACCAUACACUACCCCUCCGCGAAUGCGACGGCAGCGCUCAGCCCCUGACCUCAAAGAGAGUGGGGCAGCUGUGUGAGUCCCACAUGAUGGGCAGACAGGGCCUAGUGGGGCCCUUGUUAGGAGGAAGGUGCCCACUGCUUCCCCAAGAAGCCCUGGGGCAAGGAGGCCAGAAAGCAGAGAGCAAGAGAGAGGGAAGGUCCGAGUAGGUGGUAGAAGAUGCCAGAGAGUGUGCUGGAGGCUGAGGGAAGGAAGAGGGCGCGGAGUUGCCAGGAGCAAACCAAAGUCAAGGAGGGUCCGUAGGGAGUUGUCUUGGGGCUACCCGUUGCAGGGGGGAGUCCCACAAACGCUGCUAUGGGUGGGUGGGUGGGCUGGGGUCUGCAUAGCCAGUGUUUGACUUUCUUUUUGAGUGGGUGCAACGGGGAGAGAACCGAGAGUGAGGUGGGUUCUCCUCCCCAGCUCUUGUCUGUCCGUCUAUCCGUCUGUCUGUGGUGGAUUUCUGUUUCCAGGGAGGUGUGGUGGGAUCCUAAGUCAUUCCCUUCCCCUUCCAGGCCUCCUGCUAUAUUUAGGGGACCUGUCUGGUUUGGCUGGGGUCCCACAAAAAUGUGGGACCUCUUAAUAAAGGAUAGCAAACAGCUUGUGGUUGGUGGGUUUUGGUAGCGGUUAAGGUUGUGCAAGUAAAGUAUCGUUUUACUAAGCGCGUCAUCCCACGUCAUUUCUGCAUGUGCGUGACCACCUCAUCAGCGCUCCACGCAGGCAAUGCUGCCAUCCUAUUUUCUUAAGUUGGAAACCUCCUGUUCUUCUCUCCGGGGUACACAGCCUGUUCUUUCAUUUCUGUUUGCUCUGGGUCUCUGCCCAGGUCCUGUACCCUCAGUGUCCUUGACAAAGGAGGGAGGGCUGUGAGGGGCAGUGGGGUCUGUCAGUCUGUCCGUGCCUAGGUGAAGGAUUUGGGGUUCUGCCUCACUGACUCACCUCACUUGUUUGGAAGGUGUCUGCUCGGGGAGUGUUGAUCGGGCUUCCUGCACCACUUGUGUAUUCUCAUGUGUCACCCGAGUCACUUGCCCUUCAGCGGGCCACAGUCAACCUCCUGAGCAGCAUUUUAAGACUUGCUUUCGAAGCCAGGCAUUGUGGUGCACAUUUUGAAUCCCCACAGGAAUAGGCAGAUCUCUGAGUUGGAGGCCAGCCUGAUCUACAGAGUGAGUUCCAGUGUAGCCAGGGCUACACAGAGAAACCCUGUCUCGAAAAAACAAAAAAGAAAAUCACUUUCUAGCUAGGCAGGUAUGUGUUGCCCUUCUUUGAAUGAAGCAUUGGGAUGCUGAGACAAGAAAAUUGACACAGGUUCAAGACCAACCUAAACUACACAAGACCUGGUUUUAAAUGAUCACACUUCCCACAACCCAAAAUGGUUAAAACUUUUAAAAAUAACUUAGAUGAUGAAUGUGAGUGUGGGUUUGUGUGUAUGAGUACCAUGCCAGUGGAGGACAGAACAGUCUCAUCUACAUGGUGCGAUGCUGGUAUCCAACUCUGGUUCUCUUCAAGAAGAGAAUGUACCUUUAAUCACUGAACUGUCUGCUCACCCUAGAGUUUAAAAAAAAAAAAUCAAUAAUAAAAAUUCAGAAAAUUCGCUGCCUUUGUCUUUAACUCUAGUUUGAGUAGCACGCUUAGGGAUGCCACGUGAGAAGCUUGCAGGUUCACCUGUAUCAAGCAUAGCCCUGAGCUUGCUGAGUCCCUGAGUAACUGUGCUUUUAUCUUGUUACUUAAACUGGGCUGCUACUCUGCAGGGUCCUGAAGCCAGUCAGAGUUGUGCAAGCAGACAGAUUGACCCAGAUCCUCCGAACUGACCCAGGGCUCUGAGCAGGGCUAGCGUGCCGUUUGCAGUUGGUUUCUUCUUCCCUCUGCUACUGGCUACCUUGAUUUUGACACUUUUGAUUGCUGGGUUUCCAGAAGCCUGUUGACUGUGACUCGGGACCUGGAGUGUAAUGGCUAGUUUGGUAGCAGUGUUUACUUGAGCGGGUUUAUGAUGUGGUUGGGGAGAAUAAGUGUAAGCAAGAAAAUGAUAGAGUCCAAAGGUCUCUGCAGUCAGGGUGAGCUGUGUGGUGCAACGUAGGAGAGUCCAGAUGGGGGGUGGCGGGGAAUGCCAGUCUCAGCUACCACUGGGUGACCUUUCUCUAAGGACUGUAUCAUGUAAAUAGGUACUGCCUUUAAAAAAUUGAAUUCAGUCUUCCACUUCUGUCUUUAACAAUGCGAAUAGACGGGAUUUUAUUCAGAGAUUUGCCCAUGAGUGUCAUGUACACGUGCCAGCCUGUGCUCUGCAUCCCGUUUCAUCCUUAACCCUGCUCCCAUUUCAGAUGGGGAGACAGGUUUGAUUGGAAUGAGUUGCCUAAGUGUGUAGUUCUUCGGUGGUGAAGUUAGGGUUCUAACCCAGGCUAACCUGGACUUCAUCCAGCCCUCCAGGACAGGGGUAUUGUUCUCUCCAGGGGCCACACUGCCCUGUCCCUUGGAUCCUUCCAAGUGUAUCAUAAGCCUGCCCCUAGCUUCUGGUCUCUCCUGCUUUGUGCUAUGAACGAGUGAGUGAGAGCCGCUAUUUCAGGAGCCUGCUCUAAAAUCAGGGGAUGUUGCCUGAGCAGUUCUCCGGCUUUCUGGCCCUCUCAGUUUUGGCACUGCUACAAUGUCUCCCUUGGUUUCCCUGGCAAUGCAGUUUGCUUUUCUUCCUUUGCCUCUUCAGAGGUUUCUUCUGGUUAGUUGUACAGACUCGGGUGUCACCUGAGCUUUUUGUAUCGUGAAUACAUUUAGGGAUCUUCUGCUUCUUUUUGUCCCCCAUAUUUCCCAUCCCUUUAUACACUAGGUUUGGUUUGAAAUUCUUUUCUCUUCUUUUCUUUUUUUUUUUAAAUGGGGUUUUGUUUUGUUUUAGGUAGGAGACAUUUAUAUAGUCAGAUUGGCUUCAAACUUGUGGUUUUCCUACCCCAGCCUCACAAAUUCAGGGAUUAUGGAGGUUAACUACCACGUCUAGCAUUCUUUGCUGAUGUUGUUUGUUUGUUUGUUUGUUUUUGAGACAGAGCCUCUCUGUAUAGCCCUAGCUGACCUGGAAUCUGCUAUGUAGACCAAGCUAGUCUCCAAUUUUCUUGUCUUCUGAAGGAAGCUGAGAUUAAAGGCAUGUGUCAUUAC